AUGUCAGCCUCGGAUUCAGUUGUCUACCACUACCUCGCCAUCGGCAAGCUUGGCCGUGGUGAGGUUGUCAAGCUGUUUAUGAUUGACGCAGGCAUCAAAUUUGAAGAGCGCUUGUAUGCCCGUGAUGCUACUUGGCCGGAGACGAAGGAGAAGCUGAAGAAGCAGGGCCUUACUCGCACCGGACAACUUCCUUCGGUCGAGUACAAGGGCAAGGUCCUUACUGGGCACGUCCCCAUCCUCCGAUAUCUCUCGCGAGAACUUGGCGCAUACGACGGCACAACCAAUGACGACAAGUACUUGGUUGAUCUCGUGUCAGAUAUCUACGUCGACUGGAGAGUUCAAUGGGUGGCCAACCUGAAGGGCCUUAACCCUGAUUACAAGGAAAAGGAUGCUCCUCCGUACUAUGAGCUCCUUGGUCAAUACUACGCCGAGCGUGAGGGACCAUAUCUUCUCGGAGAUACCGUCAGCUACGCCGACUUUGCUGUCUACGUCUCCCUUGACAACGACAUUCGAACAAAAACACUUCCGGAAACCCUCCCCGAGUCCAUCGUCAAGUUCCGAAAUGCGUUCGAGGCUCGACCCAACAUUGCCGAUUACAUCAAGCAGGGCUAA